AUGGGGGAUUCACAACAAGGAAAUAACAAAGGAAAGGGCAAAGAGAAAGAGAACUAUGAAUCUUGGACUAUAGACGAUACCAAUGAGUUGUUGCACCUCUUGGUGGAUGCUAUCAAUAGUGGAUUGCAUGAUGCUAAUGGGUCACUUAGCAAGCAAAAUGUAGAAAGAGUGAUACUUCCUCGUCUUAAUGCAAAAAUUAGGUUCCCAAAAACUUAUAAUCAUUACUUGAGCCGAAUGAAGUGGUUUAAGAAGCAAUAUAACAAGAUGUCUACGCUUAUGCGUAAUAACUCUGGCUUUGGGUGGGACCCAAUUGCAAAGACGUUCAUUGCUAGUGAUGAAGUAUGGAAAGAUUACUUGAAGUCCCACCCAAGUCACAGUAAACUUCGAGAAAAAAGUGUAGUUGAUUAUGAGGAUUUGAAGAUUAUCGUUGGGGGUGGAACUACUACUGGGAAUGACUCCAUUGCAUUGGGCACUGAUGAUACCGAUGCAACAACUUAUGGGGAAGAAAAUAGAGAUUUUGGGAUAGAAGACUUUUCAUAUGAUCCUAACAAUGAUGCGUUCAUAGCACCAAAUCACUAUGAACCAUCCUACCAACCUUCAUCACCCCACCAAUGUAGUCCACCAUCUCAAUCCCCUUUAGGUUCGGAGGUUCCCAUCGCAUUGAGACUAUUUCUGCCAAUUUUGUUAAAAUAUCUAACCUAA